UCGUUUUAUUUUAAUGUAAAAUUUAGGGAUAUUGUGAGGAGCGCGCAUUUUCUGCGAACUCAUGACGAUUUUAUUGAUGUUACGUUCCACUGCGAUGGAGGUGCGGUUCAUGCACAUAAGGUUAUGCUGAUCAAUGAGUCUAGUUUUCUCUCCGAUCUAUUCAAGAUAUCCGCUGAGAAACAGUCUCCGUCUGCUCCCACAGAGAUAUCUCUACCCGGAGUAAGGAAACCCAUCCUCACUAAACUCGUCCAGUAUCUCUAUCAGGGACAGACAACCAUAAAGUCUGCAGCUGACAAGGAUGAAUUUAUGUCUGUUGCAAGAACUCUGGAUAUUAUACUAAACCUGGAGGAUGAGUCUCCGGUCGACUCGGAAGAUGGGGGAGAGACGAACAACCUGGAGCCCUCCAGUCCAAUUCCUAUACCUAUUCCAGCUAAGAAGGUUGUUAAGAAAGGAGGAAAGAAAUCUAAGAAAGGAGCGGGGAAGAAGGAUGAUGAUAAGGAACAAGAAGAGACAGAAGAUCAGAAAGGAGAUAACGAGAAUAGAGAUGGCACUUCCUCCCCCCAGAAUCCUCAACAAGAGCCCGUUGAUGAAUCCGGAAAGGAACAUUCUAGAUAUUUUGUGAGCGCUAUGAAGGAUUGUUUGAAGGUGGACGUGAGGAACUGCACCAAGGAUACGGACGGAGAAGUUCUAAAAUACUACUCGUCCUACCUGUCAGGGUCCACCAGCUCUUCUCCAGUUCCCCAGCUGGCUCCGAACCCCUUGUUCGACGAAGACGAGGACAUGUUUGCCAACGACGAUGACACGUUUGCCAACGACGAUGACGACCUGAUUUUUGAACCCAGUAAACCUGACGAUUCCCCUAAGGUAGACAAGGACGACAGUCCUAUGGAAACUGGCAGGAAAAGAAAAACGUCCGGACGAUCUAAAACCCAGGCAGUUUCUAAAAAAAGAAGAAAUACCAAAGAGUUCGAAGAAGUUGGGACGGUUUCUGGAUCUCUUCGUGUCGAUGAAAUGUCCACUCCGACAAAGAAAGCUGGAAAGCUUGUUAAGAAGACGGACGUGGAGAACAUCCUUCCGGUUGAUGAAGAGUCUCCGCGAAUGAGAAAGAGCAGCGGAAGAUCAACCACUUCUAUGAAAGGGAAAACCACUCCGGAAAAUAUAGAUCUUGAAGGAAAAGAUGAUGAUGUUUCUUGCACACCCUCGUCAAACCCGAGCAAGAAGGUGGACAGGUCUAGAAGAAAAUCAAAGGUUCAAGAAAAAAAAGAAACUGAAUCGGAGGAAAUCAGCGGUCCCAAGAAAGCUUCUGAGAAGAAAAAGAGAGGGCGUAAAAGUGUUGGCAAAGAAAAAACUAAAAACAUCUCUGAAGAGAAAGAGGAAGAAGAUGAAGACAAUGAUGAGGACGAUGUAGGGGGAAUAGAGGAAGUAGAUUAUGAGGUGGAGAAGGUUGUAGAUAAAAAAGGAACCGGCAAGAAUUUGUUAUAUCUGGUGAAAUGGAAGGGUUGGGAUCUUCCUGAAGAUCAAACCUGGGAACCUCUAGAAAACCUGGAGAACGCCAAGCACCUUGUGACAGUAUUCGAGAAUUCCCUGAAGAAAAAGCCAGAGAUUAAAGCGGGACGGGGGUCUAAGAAAUCCCCUCCGGAGAAAACAGAUUCCAACGCUGAAGGUUCAGAACAUGAGGAUGAGAAGGAUGAAUCUGAAGACGAGUCUGAAGCUGUACUAAUGUGUCCAGAUUGUUUGUUGAUUUUCGUGUCUAAAAAGGGGAUGAAGCGACACAAAGAAAAUUGUAAAAAGCAAGAACCCUCAUCAACUCAGGAGACCGAAACCAAAAACUCUUCACCAUCAGAGAAGAACGUGGCCGUUUGUUUUAAAUGUUUGAUCGAGUACUCAAAAGUUUCUGAUCUGAAAAACCAUCUUCUUGAUCACUUCAAGAAGGAACUACGGAGCAAGUUACCUAAUAAGAAACCCUGGACCUGUCCAACCUGCUCCAAGAAGAUGUCGGACGUGAAUACACUUAUUAAGCAUUUUGCUUAUGAUCAUAAGGAGAUUCUCCAAUACUGCACCGCAGACGAGAUUGAAGGUAAACCCGGAGGAGCUAAGAAUGGGGUUGAGAGACUAGUUUCAAAAUCUCCGUCUCCGGAAAAAUCUAGGACUCAUAAAAUGAAUAUUAGCUUCUCCGACUCCGAAGAUGAUGAGACUGAGAAUAAGGAUAAUUUGAAGAAUGUUGCUCAAUCCUUUGAUGAUCUGUUUGGUUCCGACAUCUCGGAGAAGAAGGUUGACAACAAGAUUGUCUUCAACAAGGACUCAGACGAAUCAGAUGAUGAGGAGGAGAGUAAGUCAGAGAAAUCAAGCACUAACGUUGACGAAUUGUUGACUGAAUAAAAAAUCAAUCAAAUCAUUUUUGG